GAUGGGACGAGCAGCCACAUUGCAUGAAGCACUCUUCAUCUAGUGCCCAGAAAGAAGUGAGGAUGACUCCUGCUUUCCAAGUCUUACUAUGUCUCUGCCUGUUGGGGAUGAGCUAUGCAGCACCCCAAGCAAGAAAUGUACGCUGGUGUGUGACGUCAAAUGCAGAAGAAAAAAAGUGCAAUGAUCUGGUGAACUCGUGCACUGUCAAGGAAAUUGUCCUAAUAUGUGUGAAGAAAUCCAGCACUGAGGACUGUAUGAGAGCUAUCAGUGCUGGAGAAGCAGAUGCUAUUUCUCUGGAUAGUGAAAAUAUUUACAAAGCUUCAUUAAAUCCUUUUGAUUUGAAGCCCAUCAUGACCGAAACAUAUCCUUCCCAGAAAGAAAUCAAGGUAAAUCAGGGGCCUUGUCAAAAGGAACGCCAGCGGCAACGUGAACGAGGACGACCCCUACUGGGUGCUUUUGAACCCAAGUGUGAUGAAAAAGGAAACUAUCAACCAAAGCAAUGUCAUGGCAGCACCGGCUACUGCUGGUGUGUUAAUGAAGAAGGUAAAACGAUUGAUGGUACAAAAACUCCACCAGGACAGAAGUCUGUAACCUGUGAAGACCAUCAACAAAGUACCCCUUGUUUGAGGCAUCGCCAGAGCGUGCUCGGAGCAAAUAAACCCCAAAUAGGGGCAUUUGUGCCAGAUUGUGAUGAAAAAGGCAACUACAGUCCAAAGCAGUGUUUUGGCAGCACUGGUUACUGUUGGUGUGUGGACGAACAUGGUGAUGAAAUAGAAGGUGUAAGAGCCAAACAGGGCAAGGUUAACAUAACGUGUGAAUAUACAGGAGGUGAAAAGCCCUGCAUGAAAGAACGCCGAAAAUCGCUCAGUGGAGGGCAACCUUUACCAGGGGCUUUUAUGCCUGAUUGUGAUGAAAAAGGAAACUACAGUCCAAAGCAGUGUCAUGGCAGCACCGGUUACUGUUGGUGUGUUAACGAAAAUGGUAAAGAGAUUUCUGGUUCAAGAACUCCACCUGGACAACAGGUUCCAACAUGUGGAGCUUCUGUCUUAUCAGCUGAAACAUCCUGCAUAAAAGAACGACAGAAAGUGCUCGGUGCAGCGACACCAAUAUUAGGAGCGUUUGUACCGGAUUGUGAUGCAAAAGGAGACUACAGACCAAAGCAGUGUCAUGGCAGCACCGGACACUGUUGGUGUGUUUCCAAAGAUGGUAAAGAGAUACAGGGUACAAGAACGGCACCUGGGCAGACACCCCCUACAUGUGAGAUUCCAGGAGGUGAAAAGCCCUGCAUGAAAGAACGCCGAAAAUCGCUCAGUGGAGGGCAACCUUUACCAGGGGCUUUUAUGCCUGAUUGUGAUGAAAAAGGAAACUACAGUCCAAAGCAGUGUCAUGGCAGCACCGGUUACUGUUGGUGUGUUAACGAAAAUGGUAAAGAGAUUUCUGGUUCAAGAACUCCACCUGGACAACAGGUUCCAACAUGUGGAGCUUCUGUCUUAUCAGCUGAAACAUCCUGCAUAAAAGAACGACAGAAAGUGCUCGGUGCAGAGAAACCAAUAUUAGGAGCGUUUGUACCGGAUUGUGAUGAAAAAGGAGACUACCGACCAAAGCAGUGUCAUAGCAGCACCGGGCACUGUUGGUGUGUUUCCAAAGAUGGUAAAGAGAUACAGGGUACAAGAACGGCACCUGGGCAGACACCCCCUACAUGUGAGAUUCCAGGAGGUGAAAAGCCCUGCAUGAAAGAACGCCAAAAAUCGCUCAGUGGAGGGCAACCUUUACCAGGGGCUUUUAUGCCUGAUUGUGAUGAAAAAGGAAACUACAGUCCAAAGCAGUGUCAUGGCAGCACCGGUUACUGUUGGUGUGUUAACGAAAAUGGUAAAGAGAUUUCUGGUUCAAGAACUCCACCUGGACAACAGGUUCCAACAUGUGGAGCUUCUGUCUUAUCAGCUGAUACAUCCUGCAUAAAAGAACGACAGAAAGUGCUCGGUGCAGAGAAACCAAUAUUAGGAGCGUUUGAACCGGAUUGUGAUGAAAAAGGAGACUACAGACCAAAGCAGUGUCAUGGCAGCACCGGGCACUGUUGGUGUGUUUCCAAAGAUGGUAAAGAGAUACAGGGUACAAGAACUGCACGUGGGCAGUCACCCCCUACAUGUGAGAUUCCAGUCUUAUCAGCUGAAACAUCCUGCAUAAAAGAACGACAGAAAGUGCUCGGUGCAGCGACACCAAUAUUAGGAGCGUUUGUACCGGAUUGUGAUGAAAAAGGAGACUACAGACCAAAGCAGUGUCAUGGCAGCACCGGACACUGUUGGUGUGUUUCCAAAGAUGGUAAAGAGAUACAGGGUACAAGAGCUGCACCUGGGCAGACACCCCCUACAUGCGAGGACCGAGUCUUAUCAGCUGAAACAUCCUGCAUAAAAGAACGACAGAAAGUGCUCGGUGCAGCGACACCAAUAUUAGGAGCGUUUGUACCGGAUUGUGAUGAAAAAGGAGAAUACAGACCAAAGCAGUGUCAUGGCAGCACCGGGCACUGUUGGUGUGUUUCCAAAGAUGGUAAAGAGAUACAGGGUACAAGAGCCGGACCUGGGCAGACACCCCCUACAUGCGAGGACACAGCUGAAACAUCCUGCAUAAAAGAACGACAGAAAGUGCUCGGUGCAGCGAAACCAAUAUUAGGAGCGUUUGUACCUGAUUGUGAUGAAAAAGGAGAAUACAGACCAAAGCAGUGUCAUGGCAGCACCGGGCACUGUUGGUGUGUUUCCAAAGAUGGUAAAGAGAUACAGGGUACAAGAGCUGCACCUAGGCAGUCACCCCCUACAUGUGAGAUUCCAGUCUUAUCAGCUGAAACAUCCUGCAUAAAAGAACAACAGAAAGUUCGUGCAGGGAAACCAAUAUUAGGAGCGUUUGUACCGGAUUGUGAUGAAAAAGGAGACUACAGACCAAAGCAGUGUCAUGGCAGCACCGGGCACUGUUGGUGUGUUUCCAAAGAUGGUAAAGAGAUACAGGGUACAAGAGCUGCAUGUGGGCAGUCACCUCCUACAUGUGAGAUUCCAGCUGAAACAUCCUGCAUAAAAGAACGACAGAAAGUGCUCGGUGCAGAGAAACCAAUAUUAGGAGCGUUUGUACCUGAUUGUGAUGAAAAAGGAGAAUACAGACCAAAGCAGUGUCAUGGCAGCACCGGGCACUGUUGGUGUGUUUCCAAAGAUGGUAAAGAGAUACAGGGUACAAGAGCCGGACCUGGGCAGUCACCCCCUACAUGUGAGGACACAGUCUUAUCAGCUGAAACAUCCUGCAUAAAAGAACGACAGAAAGUGCUCGGUGCAGCGACACCAAUAUUAGGAGCGUUUGUACCGGAUUGUGAUGAAAAAGGAGACUACAGACCAAAGCAGUGUCAUGGCAGCACCGGGCACUGUUGGUGUGUUUCCAAAGAUGGUAAAGAGAUACAGGGUACAAGAGCCGGACCUGGGCAGUCACCCCCUACAUGUGAGAUUCCAGCUGAAAAAUCCUGCAUAAAAGAACGACAGAAAGUUCGUAGUCCAAGGAAACCAAUAUUAGGAGCGUUUGUACCGGAUUGUGAUGAAAAAGGAGACUACAGACCAAAGCAGUGUCAUAGCAGCACCGGACACUGUUGGUGUGUUUCCAAAGAUGGUAAAGAGAUACAGGGUACAAGAGCUGCACGUGGACAGUCACCCCCUACAUGCGAGGACCCAGAUCCUGUGACAUGCCAUUAUGCAGUAGCUGUGGUGAAGAAAUCCAGUACAUUACAGUUCAACCAACUAAAGGGCAAGAGAUCUUGUCAUUCUGCGGUGGGAAAGACAGCCAGUUGGAUCGCUCCUUUGUACAAACUCUAUAAGAAGAACUUACUAUUGUGGGAGAAACCUGAAGAAAAAUCUUUUGAAAAAGCCGCUUCAGAGUUCUUCUCAGUCAGCUGUGCCCCAGGAGCCAAAGAGGAAAACUUGUGUAAGCAGUGUGCAGGAAAAGAAGAGAAGUGUAAGCGCAGUCCUGGAGAACCAUACUAUGGGGAUGAAGGAGCACUUAGGUGUUUGAGAGAUGAUAAAGGAGACGUGGCUUUUGUGGAACACACCGCUUUAUCAGGGCAAGACUUGGACAAUUUUGAACUUCUGUGCCCAGACAAUACUAGGAGUCCGCUAAGUGAACAUAAACAUUGUCACUUUGGAAAAGUCCCCAGACAUGCUGUGGUGACAAAAAGCACUGGAGACAAGAGUAAGGAUAUCAUUGAGUAUCUUCUUGAAGCUCAGAAAAAAGGUUGCAAACUAUUCAGCUCCACUCAUGGAAAAGAUUUGAUAUUUGAACACACUACAAAAAAUUUGAUUGCUCUUCCAUCAGCAAUGAACACUUUUCUGUUUUUGGGACCAGAAUUGUUUGAUGCCAUGAAAACACUGCACGGAGCACCUCUUCCAUCCAAGAACGAAGUGCGCUGGUGCACCCAAAACAAGAAAGAAAAGACCAAAUGUGAUGACUGGUCCUCAGUAAGUGGUGGUGCUAUUAAAUGCACAGAGCCAUCUUCUGUACAGCAGUGCAUUGAGAAAAUUCUGAAACAUGAAGCUGAUGCAGUAACUCUGAGUGCAGAACACAUGUAUACAGCACUGAAAUGUGGACUGGUUCCAGCAAUUGAUGAGUACCACAAUAAAGAUGACUUAGCUCCAUGCAAGACGCUUGGAGACAUAUAUACAGAUUUUGGUACACCCAGGGCCGUAGCCUUAGUAAAGAAGAGCGACAAAGGCAUCACAUGGAACAAUCUUAAAGGCAAAAAGUCCUGUCACACUGGUGUUGGUCACAUGGCUGGAUGGGUCAUACCCCUGAGCCUAAUUAGUAAGCAGACUAACAAUUGUGACAUGGGGUCCUACUUCAGUCAGAGCUGUGCUCCUGGAUCAGCCAUUGAUUCCAAUCUCUGCAAACUGUGUAUUGGGGAUCCACAAAACACCAAAGCACAAACAAAAUGCUCCCCAAGUGACAAAGAGGCUUAUUUCGGCAGUGCAGGGGCCAUCAGGUGUCUAGUGGAGAAAGGAGAUGUGGCUUUUUUGCCUCACACUGCUGUAAUUGAAAACACAGAUGGUAAUAAUCCUGCACUUUGGGCAAAAGAUUUAAAAUCAACAGAUUUUGAGUUAUUAUGUCCUGAUGGCUCUCGAGCCCCUGUCACUGACUACAAAAACUGCAAACUUUUAAGUAUCUCCUCUCCAUCUGUCGUUACCCGGGAGGAGAGCGUCAGUGAUGUUGUAAGAAUUGUUCUUAAUCAACAAUCUCUCUUUGGGCAGAAAGGAUUUGAGAAGGAUAUUUUUCAGAUGUUUUCUUCAAGUAAUGGCAAAAACCUACUCUUCAGUGAUGGCACACAAUGCUUGUUAGAAUUUGACAGGAUAAUCGGAAGAGACAUUAUGGAAGAUUAUUUUGGCAAACGGUUUCACACAGCUGUGCACAGAGAUAACCAAUGCUUACCAACAUCAGAAUUUGCCUCUGCUUGUGCAUUUCAUCACUGCUGACAAGACUUAGUAAUGGAGACUUUGUCAAGUAAUGGAGACUUUGUCAUCAAGCUGCUGUCAUUCUUUUACUUUUAAGUGUUUUCAUUCUCCAUCUUACAAAUGUCAGUUUUUCCAAUAAAUAUUUGGAAUUUA